UUUCUUCCUCGCCUGCGAUACGCUGGGGACGGCCACAAAGUCAAGGAGCGCAAUUUCAGAGAGCUCCAGAAGUGUGACUCAGCCCUGCAAUGGCAAAGUCAUGCUCAUCCCUGCUGGAAGAUGCUGUGGGUCUGCCCAGCAAACGGGCCCCACAAGCAUGGAGGCCGCUCACGCUGGAGUGCCAGCGGGUACAGACUUGGCCUCCGUGGCAGCAGGAGUGCGCGCACAAAAUUCCGCAACUGAUGUCACGGAGGCCAGAUGACGUCCGCUUGUUUCCCCUAUCAGCCAGAGCCGUAAGUUUACGGUAGAUGACAUGUUUCCUCUAGCGGGACAGGCCCGAUUCAAUCCAGACGCCCUCCCUCGGGGCCCCUCUCUCGCCUCACAGCCGCCCGUGGCUGUAGAAAAAGUCGAGGCAAUCACAGGCCACCUCGAAAGCGCCGCCGGACCGCGCAGCUCGCGAAGGCGAGACGCGGCCCGGAGGGUCGUUGCGCGAAGGCGGGGCCGUCUCGGGGCAAAGGACACGUCGCUGGCGCCAAAAAAAGGCCCGGGGCCUCUCGACACGAGGGGGGAGGAGGAGGAGGAGGAGGAGGAGGAGGAGAAAAGUGGGGGAAUAAGGGUGGCUAUAUAACGAGAUGCAUGAUCAUCUGAAAGAAAUCGGCGCGGCCAAUUCAACUGCACAUGGCUCAGGUUGCGCGCCACCCAGUUGCCGUUUUAAAAUGCACACGCAAAGUCAGCACAUGCCAUCCGAAUCAGACUCGAGAACUUCGCGGCCGCCGCGAAGCUCUCGAGUCUGAUUCGGGUUCGCGGCGCGACGACACAGGACAGGACCAGCCGCGAAGCGAAGUGACGUGGCCGAAGCACACCAGCACGAGCAUUCGAUUCAGAUCUUGUCAGGGCUGCACAUGUUGUGCAAUGUGACUUCAUAGAUUCUGCUAACAUAAUUAGCUCAGCCGUGUGGGCGUGGAGUGGAA